CACAAAUCUGGAAUCAGCACAUUUCGACUACUUGUCAGAAAUACACCCAGACUUUUAUCACCAACCCAUUGACUAAUUUGACCUGCUCUUUACAGGGGAUGUUGUCAUGUGAGUUUACGAGAAAAGUGGGAGUGACUGAUGGAGGUGGCAAGAGGGAGGCAGUCAGGGAGAAGUUUGACAACUGAGAGGAAGGAGCAGAUGUGGAAAACUAUUGGUAGAAGGGAGGACAUGAGAGGAAAAAUAGCAGACUCUGUGGAAAAAUAAAGCAUAUUAAAGAGAGGCUUUGCUGACGGAGUGGGAAUACUCAGAGUCAGAAGACACUGACAUGAUGUGGACAACUACUGUCCUCCUUCUGCUUGUGCCUCAUCUGCUUUCCUCGACAGAGACAGGAAACAGUGCCAACUUUAACGAAUCUGAAAUCGUUGACGAAGAUUUCUCUGAUGCUCCUGUGAAAGGCCAGAAAGUUCCGGGAGGGGUCAAAGGUCGGGACACGUGCUCCAUCCCGUGUGACAUCACUGUCAAGCUGCUACGAGAUGAGAAACAUUCAAUCUGCGGCCAGCUACAGCAGACUCUGUUGGGGUUUGGUCGCAGCACCCGGAAGCUGAUCAGAGACGUGAUGGACGAGCAGCAGAGAGCUCUGGACAUCCUCAGCAGUCAGGUCACAGAGCUGAUGACCAAAGUGCAGACGCUCAACUCUGAGGUUCAGAGAAGCAACACGGAGAUGUACUCCAUCAAACCAGUGCAAUCCCACGGACGGGACUGCAGUGACAUCAAGGACAAUCUUAUGUCAGUCGUGCCCAAGAUCCCGAGUGGUAUUUACAUCGUCCACCCGGAGAACACAGACUCUUCAUUUGAGGUUUUCUGUGAGAUGGACUACAUGGGGGGCGGAUGGACGGUGAUGCAGCGGAGGACUGACGGAUUAUUGGACUUCAAAAGACCCUGGGCGGAUUAUGUGGAUGGCUUUGGAAAUCUUGCAGGGGAACACUGGUUGGGUCUGAAGAAGGUGUUUCACAUAGUAAACCAGAAAGAAACCCGCUUCCAGCUUCACGUUGCCUUGGUGUCGCAGGAUGACGUCACCUCUUAUGCAUCAUAUGAUGAUUUCAACCUGGACAGUGAAACCCAGUUCUUCUGUAUUCAUCUGGGCAGAUAUGCGGGCAGCGCAGGUGAUGCGUUGCGCGGCUACGACCAGGAUCAGAACCAGGACACGGCUCCUUUCAGUGCCUCAGAUGUGGACAACGACGGCUGUAAUCCUUCCUGCUCCUUCGACAACCGCACAGUGGAGAGCUGCAGCGCUCAGCACAACCAGACAGGAUGGUGGUUCAACCAGUGUGGCCUGGCCAACCUCAACGGCUCCCCUGAGGACGCUGAGCAGAGCCAGAGGACGCACAUCCUGUGGGACACCUGGAGACAGAACGGAGUCCCUCACACCAUCAAAUCUGUCACGAUGAAGAUCAGGAGGAUUGCAACCAAUAAUUAACAGAGAAGAGGAAAAGCACAGGAGAAAGUACAUUAUUGUAUAAGUUGCUCUGCAUCUUUGUACAGAUUGAUGUUUAUUAAAUCUGACUGAAACGAGGAAA